GGAUUUCAGAGACGUUUUGUGGAAUUUCUGGAAUCAAUUUAUUUGGUCAACAAAACCGGCGAAACAUAUCAACCGAAUCAGUCGAAUACAUACCGAGAAGACUACUCUCCCGUUUUGAAUGCCAUUCAAGCAGCGAUUCGUAAACCAGAGCACAGGAAUCAACAACUAAUUAACGGCACGAAUACAAGAAUCGAUGCGAGAAAACAA